AUGGGGGAUAUGCACUAUGUUUUGACUUUUAUGCAUGAUCUUGGGCUACUUCCAGAAUGCGGGGGAAAGCUUCUGUUGAUCAAUAAAAGAUCAGCUCCAUACGAUAACUUUCAGGGAAACGGCGAGCUAGUCACUCCUGAAUCUCUGUACGUACCUCAAGUAGCCAGUCCAGAGGACACAAAUAACAUUGUGAAACACAAUGGGCUAGACGUAUAA